AUGACCAUUUAUAGAUACCGCAUAAAUUAUCGUGGUCUAUUCGUUGAAUUUGUGUGCUCACUUCUCGUUCGUAUUGGGUUCAUUCGAUCGGGAUCGUUCGUUGAGACAGUUAAAGAUCGUUCGUUCCUGUUCCGGAUCGGUCGUUAUCUUGUUGAUCAAGCUCGUUCGUAUCAGAUCACGAAAUUGGGUUUACUCGUACGCGUAUUGGAAUUGCGAACUCAAGCAGAUGUAACAGCCCCUUAG